CCUCCAUUUGCCAUUUUUCUCGGAAGUUGAGCAAUGGAAUCCACCGAUAAACAUACCACCGCCUCCACACCGGCAUCCGAAGCGGCGCCUCUGCGGCCAGCGGCGGCCGCCGCCAAGUAUUCUGCUCUGGAUGUUGUGCUUAGGGUUUUGUUGUUUGCUGCAUCCGUAAGUGCUGUGGUGGUAAUGGUUACUAGCAAGCAAUCCGAGAUGGUUCCGGUGCCGGGCUUGCCGCCUAAUAUUAGGGUGCCUUUUUCAGCCAAGUUCAACCAUUCUCCUGCCUUCAUAUACUUUGUAGCAGCAUUAUCGGUAACGGGAUUAUACAGCAUUAUUACAACUCUGGCAUCGAUUUUGGUCCCCCGCAAGACCAAAACCAUCUUUCUCCUCCUUGCAUUAUUGGAUGUGGUGUUUGUGGGGAUUGUUGCCUCGGCCACCGGUGCAGCUGGAGGUGUCGCUUACAUCGGAUUAAGAGGUAACAACCACGUCCGGUGGAACAAAAUCUGCAAUACUUUCGACUCGUUCUGUCGGCACAUCGGGAGCGCGGUUGCACUCUCGUUGUUUGCCGCCAUCUUGCUGGUGUUGCUCAGCAUGAUCUCCACCUUCACACUUUACAAAAAGAUCCGUUGAUAUUAUUAGACAUACCGUUCUUACAAUCUUGUGUCUGGGUUUUAGUAACAACGUUUGAUAAUGUCGGUUUUCACUGUGUGUGUUCAUCUUUGGAACUACUUA